GACUAAGUCAUUUUUGAAAACAAAGUUUGAAAUGAAGGAUAUGGGGGUGGCCGAAGUAAUUCUUGGACUAAAGUUGACUAGAUCAACUGAAGGAAUAUCUAUUUCUCAAUCACAUUAUAUUGAAAAAUUAAUUGAGAAAUUUGGAUUUAAAAAUAGUAGAAUUGCUAAAACACCCUAUGAUCCUUCAGUAGCUUUGUAUAAAAAUGAAAGUGGUGUUCCUGUGUCUCAAUUAAGAUAUUCUCAGAUGAUUGGUAGCUUGGGUUACUUAGCUAACUGUACUAGACCUGAUAUUGCAUUUUCAGUGUCUAAGUUGAGCCGGUACACUUGUUGUCCAAACAGAACUCAUUGGGAGGCCUUAGAUAGAGUAUUUAGAUACUUAAAAGGAACUAUUUCCUUGUGUUUGCAUUAUGGUAAAUAUCCUCCUGUUCUUGAGGGAUAUAGUGAUGCAAGCUGGAUAGCUAAGAACUCCGGGAGUUAUGGAUGUACCGGCUAUGUGUUUACGUUUGGUGGUGGGGCUGUUGCCUGGAAGUCCACUAAACAAACAAUACUUUCUCGGUCUACUUUUGAGGCUGAAUUAUGUGCGUUGGAUACUACUGGAAUUAUGGCUGAAUGGUUUAUGGGACUAAUGUCUGAGUUACCCAUAUUCAGCAAGCCAAUUCCACCUAUUUGUUUGCAUUGUGAUAGUAUGAGCACAAUUGCAAAAAUUAGGAGUACCAAGUAUAAUCAAAAGACGAGGAGACACAUUCAAGUUAGAUUAAAAACUAUAAGGAAAUUUGUGUCUCAAGGGGUAUUUGCUGUUGAUUUUGUUGGAUCCAAAGACAAUACAGCUGACCCUUUAACCAAAGGACUUGAUUUAAAUCAAGUGAUAAAAUCCAGGUUAGGAAUGGGACUGAAACCCAACAAUUAUUCAACUACGGUAGCAACCCAACCUGUCUGAGUGGAGAUCCCACAAAGCAGGUUCAAUGUGGUAUAAACAAACUGUAGAGUGAAUUGUGCAUCUCAUCAAAAAAUUUAAUGAGUUCUAUUCCUUGAUAAGCCUGAGAGAUGCUGAAAUUGCUAAGUAAGUAAGAGUUUAAGACUCUGAAUGGGAUCGAGCUUUAAUCAAUAGCAGAGUGUUAGCAAUGCACUCUUGGAGAUGCCCAACUAUGAGAAUGUUAUUGUGUGGCCGCAAUAAGAGAAUAGGGGUUAAUUCUCGAUGACAUUCUUGAGACAGGAUCGGGACGCACGGCCGUAAAGCGUCAACCCUAUAGAUCGUUGCCAUUGCCUUUAGUGUGUUGCUUUUAUCCCACGCCAACACUAUCAAGGUUCGAGUUCAAGAACUCUGUUCACUCAGUUCCUGUGGGGGUUAGGGAUAAAAGCUUAGAAGUUGGUUCAAACCGGAAGGUACCAUAUUCGAAAGCACACUAUGUCGGUUAGAGUCUAGUCUACAACUAUGGAUUUGUGGGGGAUUGUUGGAAAAAUGAUGAUAUAAAUGUUAUUGUUUUUAGUUCUCUUAGAGUUCUAAAAUAAUAUGUAUAAAAUAUGAAUUGAGUGUGGCUUAUUAUACAUCAAAGAACAAUUUUUUACGUUUGGAUUUAUAUCAUUUAAUGAUUAAAAUCCAUAGUUGUAAAGAUUGUAAAAGUGAUGUAU